CCCUCGUCGUUCCCAGAAAGCUCAACUAGGCCGAGCGUGCCGAGCGAUCAGCCUCUUGUCCGGCCGCCGGGCUUUCCGUGCAAGUUCAGAGUCUCGAGGCAGCGCGCUCCGGGCACGAGAGCGAGAUGCUGCUCGGAAGCUCGCGCAACUGCUCCACGGAGGUGGACCGUCAAGGGUGGGCGAUCUGGUGCGUCUUGUUACGGGCGCGAGUGA